AGUAGAGCACUCGAGUAGAGUAACCACCAAGGUCAGCCCAGUCCCGCGUUUCCCCGCCAAACAACCAAACCAACCCAUCCACGAAACACGAAACGAAACACAAUGUUCUGGAGCAAGCCACCACCCCAGACGCCGGAGGCCACUCCCCCACCUCCCCCCACCGCCUCCACCCCUCCUCCCGCCGCCGCACCACCACCACCCCCACCACCGCCGGUACAACAAUCGCGCGAAGCCCUAGCAGACGCCGAACUCGCCGCACUCCUCGCAGAACUAACCUCCACGCCCCCCGACCUCCCCACCACCCCCAGCGCCGCCACGACCUCCGCUUUGGACAAAACCUCCCUCCCCCCCUCCACCCAGCUCAAUUGCGUCACCGCGUUCGACGAGCUAUUCUACUGCUACUCUUUGGGCUCCCAGUUCCUGAACGUGUACCGAUACGGCGGGCUGCGCGACUGCAGCGAGAAGGGUGCCGCCUGGCGGUUCUGUCUCAAGGCGCGGGUGCGCGGGCCUGAUGCCGCCGCGCAAAUGGUUAGGGAGAGGAAUAUUGCCUUGGCGGCGAGGUGGAAGGAGAAGGGAAGGAGUUCGGAGGAUGUGUGGAUGGUCAGGAAGGCGCCCGUGGAGGGCGCGUUUGAAGGGGAUUUCGAGGAGUUGCGGGAGGUGCUUGAGAGGCAGGGUGCGGGGGUGGGGGAGGGGGUGGAGUAG